AUGGCUACAGUCGAUGCCGCUGCUUGUAAAUGUUACCCUAGCGACACAUGUUGGCCUUCAAGUGCUGAUUUCAACACUUUGAACGAAACUGUUGGAGGUCGCUUGAUCGAGACUUUACCAAUAGGAUCACCGUGUCAUGAUCCCAACUAUAACGCAAAGGAUUGCAUAGAUCUACAGCAACAGUGGCGUAGCGAAUUGCUGCAUCUGUCUUCUUCGUCAUCGGUGAUGCAACCGUUCUUUGCCAACAAUAGCUGUGACCCAUUUCAACCAAGGCAAAUCCCAUGCCAAUUGGGAAACUACGUACGCUACGCAGUCAACGCCUCUUCCGUGGAAGAUGUCCAAGCUGCAGUCAACUUUGCCAGAGAGAAAAAUAUUCGUUUCGUGAUCCGGAAUACAGGCCACGACUAUUUGGGAAGAUCCACCGGUGCUGGUUCUCUUUCCGUGUGGACCCACUAUCUGAAAGGUAUCGAAGUUGUAGACUUCAGCUCUGUGGGCUAUUCUGGGAAGGCAAUGAAGUUUGGUGCAGGCAUCCAAGGAUUUGAAGCCAUGGAAGUUGGCAAGGCACAUGGACUUAUUGUAGUCGGUGGUGAAUGUCCUACAGUUGGCCUUGCUGGAGGCUAUACGCAGGGAGGUGGUCAUUCCGCGCUUAGCACCAGCUUCGGUCUAGCAGCGGACAAUGCACUCUCCUGGGAAAUAGUCUUGUCGAACGGGUCAUUUGUAACGGCUAGCCGAAAAGAGAAUGAAGACCUAUUCUGGGCACUCAGCGGCGGCGGCGCCAGCACUUACGGCGUCGUGACUUCUCUAACAGUCAAAGCGCAUGCUGACUCCAAAGUGGGUGGCGCAUUUUUGAUCUUCCUCGCAGAUAAGAAUGACCCGGAAACCUUCUACAACGCUAUUAGAGUUUUCCAUGACAUGUUGCCUAGACUUGUGGAUGCCGGAACUAUGGUUGUCUACACAUUUACGAAAUCUUACUUCAUUAUGUCACCAGUGACAGCCUACAACAAAUCGAAAGCUCAAGUACAGGGCAUAGUAGGUCCUUUCAUACGAGAGGUCAAGGCCCUAGGUCUGUUGCAUUACAACUUCUUCACCGAAUCAGACAGCUAUUACGACCACUACAAUACUUUCUUCGGACCCCUUCCUUACGGAUUGAUCAAGAUAGGGGGCUCACAGUACGCGGGGAGGCUGAUUCCUCGUAGCGUUAUCACUGAUAUCACUUUGACGAACACAUCGAGGGAGAUCGUUGAACAGAAUGUUGUUUGGGUAGGGGUUGCAACGAACGUCGGCCCCCACGGUAGCAACACGACAAGUUCUGUCAACCCAGCUUGGCGUGAUGCACUGGUACACGCAGUGGUGACCGUGCCAUUUAACUUUACGGCUGCCUGGCAGCACAAUGUUGCAUUGCAAGAUAAACUCACCAACAAUAUUAUGCCGUUGUUGGAAGCUAUCACCCCAGGCAGCGGGUCAUACGUGAACGAGGGGGAUUUCCGCCAGCCAUACUUCCAAGAGGUCUUUUGGGGUUCGAAUUACGAGAAACUUCUAGGUAUAAAAAAAUAG